GGGCGAGAUUGUUUACCAAAAAAUGUUGUACCAGGGGCAGGAGCGACCGAACGUUCAGUGAGGAAAAUAAUAUGCGAAUGGGCGAUCGGCGAGGUAGGCUGUAGUGUACAUAACAUCUCGAUGCGAGGAAGCACGGAAUCUAAGCACGACUGAUCUCUCGAUUCCGACGCAAAGGCUUCAAAUGUGGCGCCCUUCGUUUGCGAAGACUGCGAGACUGUACCCGGCGAGACUGUAUGGAAUGAGCAACGAAUAUACACACUGAAUGCAAACAGCACCAUGUUAAAGCCGCUCCCCCGAUCAGCCGUUUGAGCGAUACAAUCAUCGAUACAAAAAGAGCAAAGCCACCUGCCCUCCCCCUCGCAGCAAAGUAGGCAGCAAAACAUCCGGUUUAAAUGCCGCACUUCGAACGCACCCACUAACUGCCGGUGCAUCAAACCAGAAGGUUCAAGCGUGUAGUAACGCGAAGAAAACGCUUCCUUUCGCAUUCGUUCGUACGCGGCGUGACCGCAGUGGGGCCUGGAGGCACGCUGUGCCCCGCCGUGUCUAUUGGGCCCGCAACCCCUCUCCGCACUGGUGCCAAUGUGUUUCCGGUCUGCACAUAAGGUGUGAUACGGCUUGCCCUGGUUUUGCCGACCUUUGGAAGGAUUCUUUCACGUGCUAGUUUGCGCAACAAACCGACAUCAGUAAUCAUCAGCGGCACCGGCCACUGCGGUCCGGUGUGCUUUGACGCCAAGCUGGAUCUUUUGCGCUGGCUAGCGUGCUUGGUGGGCGCACUCGCGCUCGUGCUGGUCGAGGCGGUCGCACUGCAGCACCAGCUCGACGCGUCCGACUCUGGGCCAGGCGGACCGGCGCUAGAGGAUGGGCCGGGCAGUCGGAUGGGAACGGGUGGCAGCGGCCAUGCCGGCGGGCACCAUCACCACCGACAGCCGGCUGAACCCGUCGGCGUUGAAGAAAACGACCAGGAGGAAACGAUCGUGGUGCCGCAGGUUUCGCGCAGCAUCAGCGCCAGCCACGGGCGGCCGUACGAGCGAGCGAACGGUGGAAGCGGUGGGCUCGGUACCCAGGGCCGCAAUGGCCACAAUGGCAGUAGCAGCAAUGGUAGCACCGGCAGCAACGGCAGCAACGGCAACAGUGGUAGUAGCAAUGGCGAAUCCACCUCCUACCGUGCGACGAAGAAAGCGCCCCAGGAAGGGAACGGUGUCCAUCACGACAACGAGCACACAAUCCGGAUGCUGAUCGACUGGAAUUGGCCAAAGUGCUUCAGCUUCGAGCCGAAGGAGCAUCUGUACUAUCACAUCGGGCAUGCGCUGUUUUUGGUGGCCUUCCUCGCACCGAACAUACCGUGCGGGUUCCUGUGGUUGCGCUGUGCGGCCAUCGCCGGCUGCAUACUGAUGGUGCUGUGGGGCUGGUUCGUAGCCUGCAGCCUGGACGCGGUCGUCUGGUUCAGCCUGUUUCUGCUGGUGAACGCUUUCUACGUGGUGGUGCUGCUCUGUAAGCUGCGCCCGGUCAAGUUCGAGAAGGAGAUUGAAUCGGUGUACGUUGCCUUGUUUAAGCCGCUGCGCGUGUCGCGCCACCAGUUCAAGAAGGUGCUGAACUGCAUGAAGAUUGUACGACCGCUGAAGUACCAGGAAAUUUACGUGCAGGAAAAAAUAACCAAAGUCGACAGUUUGUCUCUAGUGCUGUCGGGAAAAUUAGUAGUUUCACAGAAUCAAAAAGCGCUUCAUAUAGUAUUUCCACAUCAGUUUCUCGAUUCACCCGAAUGGUUCGGUGUUUCUACCGAUGAUUAUUUUCAGGUGUCAAUCAUGGCGAUGGAGGAGUCGCGUGUACUCAUCUGGCACCGGGAUAAACUGAAGCUUUCCAUCAUGGCGGAACCGUUCCUGCAGGCCGUGUUCGAUCACAUACUCGGACGGGAUGUGGUGAAAAAAUUAAUGCAGGUCACACAGGUCAGCGAAACGAUGGCGCAAAGCAACGGCUGCAUUGCGUCAGGCUAUGGCGACGACUCGGAAGAUAAACCGAUGCUGGUGAUGAAGAGCAAAGGUACCGACAAUGGGGGGCACGGGCUGACGGCCUUGAUAAAUCGCCAGCUGCAAGCUCUCCCACGGAUCUCGAAGUAUUAUUACUGUGUAGCAACCGAUCAUAAUGCGUGGCGGCUGGGGCGAAUCGAUGAAACCGAUCACGAGACGGCCGUAUAGAAGUUAUCGGACCAUCAUCUUAGCGGGCUGACUUGAGUGCGGUCCGGCGAUGCCGCCAACAGCAGGACAACACUUUCAAAUACAACCAAUUUUGUGAUACUAUAAAUGUUAUUAUCUGUAAGGCGUCAUGUUAGAGUAUCUUCGAGAAAGGGAAAAGUUAAAAAGAAAUGGAGAAAGAGACAGAGAGAGCAAGAGAGAGGUAGGCGAUAAAAAUGAAUGAUUUUAUAAAAAUAAUAAAAUCCCUGUAAGGAAUUGUUCAAAUACUAAAUGUCUUAGGAUUUGUCGCUGGAAGGCCAUAGCUGUUGGGUGCUUUCAUUACAUUACCGUACUGUCGGUAGACGCGAUCCUUGAGAUGGACAACAGCAAACGAAAGAUAAUGAAAUAGGGAGAGAGAAAGAGAGUAAGACCGAAUGCUGCAGAUUAUAAUGAAAUAGUAAAUGGGACAUUGGCUGUUGAUCGUUACUUCGCGAUUCAUGUCUAAAGGCAGAGUUUUCUUCUCAUACAUUUAUUUUAUUUGCCCAACAUCGCCCAUCUUUCCUUUCAUCUAUGCUUUAUAUGUUUAUAUUUUGCACAGGAAAGUAAACACAAAAAUUAACAACUCUUUGUUCGUAAAUUCAUAGCUCGUUCAAAGCCAUCUAAUCAACAGAAGAUGUAAAAAAACCUCCCAAACUAUUACUUUAAUCUCUAUUACGUAAACUUAAUACAAUUUUAAAUGACAAUACUAUAAACGACGCGUUCGUCUUGUGAUUGUUUUCCAACAUUACUUUAAUUAAAAGUAUAUUUGAAAAAUAAAAACGUAUAUUAGACACGUUUAUACACGUUGCACUGACGCGCGGUUAGGAAACAUUAAAGAUAGCGAGUGAUAGAUGUCAUUGCAGUCGGCGAAAGGAAAUUAAGAUCAGGAUAAUGCUGAUAAGAAAAGCGUGCUCUAGUAGAAACUAUUUUUCAAUUUAUGCAAUCGCUUGCCUUACUAAAUACUAUUGAAUAAUACAAAAAACCAAAAAUACUCCCAAUAGUCUUCUGCUACUUUUAGGGGCGAUAAUUUUGUUACUGUCGGGUUCAGGUUCCAGUACAUCCCGGAUAACACAUCGUUGUGUCGAGGAAUGUACAGUUAAUUACUUAUGCAAGAUGUACUGUCCAAGGAACUAUGACAUUGCAUCGUUUCGAUAUGCGUUUUGCGUACUUCGAUGCAUAGUAGGCAGUACCAGGCCAAAAAUCAUGCAAAUCAUGUCCGGGAUGCGCCUACCCCUUGAAUCCGCAAAGCUGCCGCCUUCGCAUUUAUUAUAAAUCUGUCGGCGAUUUAAGUGUCAGUUAAACAGGCGAAACAUAGGCGAGAUUAGGAAGAAAAAAUGGCGGUAACACUAUUACGCUUGCGACUGGACGGGCGGUCGUAGACUUAAACAUCCCCGCACACUUACACCCUCAUUUGCCUGCACGGUGCACACAUUUGGUUUGUCGGUGGUUUGCUGGCGGCAAGUACUAGUAGUAGUUCGGUAAGCCGGGCCGUGUUUAGUGUAGCACACAGCGGACACAUUUAUAUACGGCUGAACUGUAAUGGCGUUAGUGUGUGACUUUCAAUGUGCAUGUUUUACUUGAAUCGUUGUUGUGAAGCAAAAGCAGGUUAACGUACGGUGCGCACUGUUCUGCGGAAUAGUUGUUUUAAAACAAAAAAAGAACCCCAUAUGGAUAGAUAUACACUAUUAAUAAUAGAUAUAUAUACAUAUAAUAUAUUGUAUUUUUCCUUAGCCAACCUUAAACAGUUUGUGUCGUGAAGCAUUCUGAGUUGGUUUAACUUCCUGAAAGGAUGCGCUGAAAUGCACCGACACGAGGUGUACAGAUAGUAUACAUAGGUGAGAAACGUGGACGUGCGUUGAGGCGUCGGUGCUGCAAAAAACUCAUCCUAGCCUCAUUAAAUUUGUUAAACUCUUGUUCAUUUUUACCCUCUUCUCAAUCCCUUUUCCUUACUAGUGCUUAUUUCUUCCUUCUAACCCUGUUGAGAUAUAUAAAAAGAACCGAUUCUAUAGUUAUACAAAUUUAGG